AUGCCCAACAUAGGAAAGUCAACACUUUUUCAGAUGCUAACUAAGACGAAUCUUGGCAAACCGGCGAAUUAUCCUUUUGCAACUAUUGACCCUGUUUCAGCAAAAGUGCCAGUUCCUGAUCCUAGGUACGAGUUGCUCUGCGAAAAAAUGAAUCCAGAAAAACGAAUUCCAGCGCAGUUGACGAUUUAUGAUACAGCAGGUCUUGUUCGGAAUGCAAGCAAAGGACAAGGAUUGGGAAACGCAUUUCUAUCCAACAUUCGAACCGUGGAUGCCAUAUUUCAGCUUGUCAGAGCCUUUCCCGAACCAGAUGUCACUCAUGUUGAAGAGACUGUGGAUCCUCUUCGAGAUUUACAAAUUAUUCAAGAGGAGCUUCUGUUGAAAGAUGCAGAAUUCGUAGAAUCAUUCCUUAAAAAAGAAAGCCGAUCCUCUAAAGUACCCGGUAAAGCAAAGGAAGUCGCAAAAAAGGUAUUGCAGUGUGUAUUAGAUGAUGGUUGUCCUGUUUCCAAACGCUCUUGGUCUGACGAGGAAGUACCUUUUCUCAAUUCUUUUAAUUUACUUACUGCCAAACCCGUUGUAUACCUUGUUAAUAUGGAUGAAGAUGAUUUCUUGCAAAAAAACAAAGGAUCGCUACAAAGAAUUGAAGCUUGGGUUGAAAAACAUAGUCCUGGAGAUACCAUUAUUCCUCUAUCUGUCAUUUUCGAAGAACAGCUUUUCUUGCUUUCACCCGAGGAAUUGGAAGAGGAAUGUUCUAAUUUACAGGUUUCUAGUCAGUUACCUAUAAUCAUCCAAUCUGGAUAUUCUGCUCUCUCUCUCAUGCAUUACUUUACAGCGGGAAACAACAUCGUCCAAGCUUGGACGAUCCCACUGGAAACAAAGGCUCCUGACGCUGCUGGAGCCAUCCACACAGAUUUUAAAAAAAAAUUUGUUGCAGGUGAAAUUACCAAUUUUGAGGAUUUUCAAAAGUAUGGUACAGUAGAAGCCUGCAAAACAGCUGGAAAGACUGUUGUUAAAGGAAAAGAUUAUGUUGUUCAACCAGGUGAUAUUGUAUAUUGGAGAAUUGCACGAUAA